UGACAAUCAGCAUUCACUACAAACUUACUGAAAAAACCCUCCGGCACUGCUGAUUUCCGCAACGAUAGAUCUUUACCAAAUCUUGCAAAGACUGGCUGAUUAUGUUGGACCAAGAACAGAAUCCUGGGAAUGACAGUCCCAGCCACAACGUCGAUGUUGAGAAGUCUCCCGCUUCCUCCCAGCUCGACCCUAAUGGUCAUACUAAAGUCUCCCUGAUUCAUGCGAACAUUGUCGGCUUCGAUGGGCCGGACGAUCCUUACAAUGCCGUCAACUGGCCAAAAAAGAAGAAGGUCAUCGUGACGAUGCUAUACAGUUUCCUGACACUGAGCGCGACUUGGGCUAGUACAGCGUACAACUCUGGUAUUGGUCAGGUGCGACAACACUUCCAUGUGAACACGGAGACAGCUUUGGCCGGAAUGUCAAAUGCCUUUGGUCCUCUGAUCUGGGCGCCCAUGUCUGAAGCAUUCGGUCGUAAGCCGUCUAUCCUUAUACCCCUGUUCGGCCUCUGCGUAUUCUCUUUUGCGACCGCCACUGCGAAAGAUAUCCAGACUGUCCUAAUCACUCGCUUCUUUAGCGGUGUGUUUGGUGGUGCCCCUCUCAGCAAUGUCGGGGGUGUGCUGGCGGAUAUCUGGUCCCCCACAGAGCGCGGACCCGCAUUGUUGCUCUGGGGUUUAUGUACCGCGAUCGGACCUUUGAUUGCGCCUAUCGUGGGCGGGGCACUGGCGAUAAAUAUGCCAACGGUCGGCUGGCGUUGGACCGAAUAUGUAACCGGCAUUACUCUUGCCGUAGCCCUCAUCUUAUCCACCCUCUACAUUCCUGAAUCGUUUGCCCCGGUGCUGCUCAAGCGCAAAGCCGCACGCCUUCGGCUGGAAACUCACAACUGGGAUCUGCAUUCUAUUUCUGAGGAACGUGAUGCUUCAUUUGGCGAGUUUUCAAGAAAUUACCUUGUCGUACCGCUGGAGAUGCUCAUCGACCCUGUGGCCUUUUGUAUCAACCUGUAUUCGGCUUUUACAUAUGCUAUCAUCUACCUCGCAAUUCCCGCGUUCCUAUUCGAAUUCCAAGAAGUGCGCCAAUGGAACAUUCUGGAAUCAAGCAUCCCUUUCACAUCAAUCAUAAUCGGAGUUCUUCUCGCAUCAGGUGUCAUCAUGUGGGGAGCCGUUCAGUACAAGAAAAGAUUCGAGGCGGCAGGAGGCAAAAUCAUCCCUGAAGCAAGACUAUUGCCGAUGAUGAUUGGGUCAAUUUUCUUUGCUGCAGGGCUGUUCAUCAUGGGUUGGACAGCCGACCCUUCAAUUCAUUGGAUUGGAUUUUGCAUUGGCUCUGCAGCUUUGGGAUUAGGCUUUUUCGCUGUGUUUCAAAGCGCCUUGGGGUAUCUCGUCGAUACGUACCUCACGCUCGCCGCGAGCGUUAUCGCCGCCAACAUGUUUAUGAGAAGUAUGCUCGCGGGUGCGUUCCCGCUUUUCGCCCGAGCACUCUUCACGAACCUUGGGUUGGACUGGGGAAUGAACCUGCUAGGCUUCCUUGCCGCUGCAAUGCUGCCUAUCCCGUAUGUGUUUUACAUCUUUGGAAAGAGACUCAGAGCUUUGGGCAAGCAUUCCAAGAAGACUUUUAUAUCAUGAAUUGGCAAGCUUCAGCAACUUUACACGACGAAUACACUUCACAUGAUAAGAGCAUACGGUCGAAGAU